AUGACUGGCCCAACCUCGCCGAGCGCCGACGGUCCCACGUUCGCGCCCCCAAGCCUGCCCGCCGGCUGGAUCGCCCAGUGGGACGGUGCCAGCAAGAAGUACUACUACGUCCAGCUCGCCACCGGCGUCUCCCAGUGGGAGGUACCGACGCAAGCCGUCCACCAGACGGGCAACACCCCCAUCCAGGACCACUCCGAUCACCCCUACGGCCAACCGCCACCGCCUCAGGUCAUCACCCACCCGGACGGCACCCAGACGGUGAAGCACGCCGACGGCACCUUGGAGCCCAUCAUGGCCGACGGGUCGCGCGGCGUCGGAGGGCCCGAUGGCCCCGCUGGCGAUAGAGGCUUGGGCAGCAUGGCCAUGAACGCCCUUCUCGGCGGCAAAAACUCCGGUCACAGUAGCGGAGGCGGCGGCGGCGGAGGCCUCGGCGGCCUCGCCAGCUCGUUCCUCGGUGGCGGGCACAGCAGCGGCGGCGGAGGAGGAGGCAAGAACUCGGCCGGCAAGCUGGUCGGACAACUCGCUUCGAGCCUCCUUUCGCCCUCCAACAAACCCGACAAGCCGCAAAACUAUCACGGCGGCCAAAACACGGGCCACGCGCCUCAGGGCGGCCUCGCCGGCGCCGUCUUCGGUGGUGUUGCGAACAUGUUCGGCGGAAAGUCAUCCAGCAGCAGCGGUCAAAAUUUCGGGUACUCGGGUUCCGGCACUGGCGGCACCUACUCCGGCGGCGAAGCACCCACCUACCACCCCCCCGGGUCGAACCAAUCUUCCUCGUCGACACAACAGCCGCCAAGCUCGCAGACGAACCAGAACCAGGGCCAGCACCAGGGACAACACCAAGGCCAACAUCAGGGCCAACAUCAGGGCCAACAUCAGGGCCAGCACCACGGCCAGAGCCCGAGCCAUCAAUCAUACCCCCCUCCACCGCCUGGCGGACCUCCUUUGGGUCACAUUUCGCCCCAGAACCAGGGACCGUCCUAUGGAGGGCCGCAUGAAGGCCAGCAUGGCGCCGCCCAGGGCUAUUCACAGCAGCAGCCCAACUAUGGAGGUCCGUCGCCCGGCGGCCACGGCCAGCCGUCAUACAACCAGCCGCAGUCCCACCAAGGUGGUUAUAACCAUGGCGCAGCUGGAAGCUAUAACCAAGGGUCACAUGGCGGUUAUGGCCAGGGCCCUCCUGGUGGCUACAACAGCUCGUAUUCGGAAGGACAUGGCGGGCAGCAGCAACAUGGCGGCCAUGGCCAGGCACCGUACCAUGGCCCCUCGUACUGA